AUGGGAUCUCACACAGCCAUGACGUCUAGCAUGGGUAGCCUGGACAGCCUGGACCUUCUGGACCUCCUGUUUGACCAGCAGGACGGGAUCCUGCGUGAGGUGGAGCUGGGGACACCACCAGGCACCUGGCAUGGGGACAAGGGUGCCCAGGACAGUGAGGACUUGCUCAACUCCAUCCUGGGCUCCGGGGACUCGGCGUCAGGCUCGCCCAGCUGGUCCCCAGCCACCAGUGACAGUGGGGUCUCUGAGGACCCUCCCUCUGACCAGCAUGACAGCCCCCCCAGGUGCUGUGAUGGGGGUCCCCGAGCGGUCCUGUACCCCUACAGCAACCCCUGCCGGGCUCAGCCUCUCCCAGGGAGCUCUGGGGUCCUGCAGUCCGAGGUCUCCAUCGACCUGGACAUGUGGCACCCUGGAUUUGUCCUGGAGGAGAGCCAGGACCUGCCCGUGGUGUCCCCACCUGCAUCCUGCACCCUCACUGUGAAGGACCUGCUGCUCUCGGGCAGCUCUGACACUGUGACCGCGCCCCCGCCGCAGCCGCAGGCUCCAGGCUCCCUCCUGCGCCAGAGCCAGGGCCACUGCCAGGAGCUGGUGCUGACCGAGGACGAGAAGAAGCUGCUGGCCAAGGAGGGGGUGUCCCUGCCCACCCAGCUGCCCCUCACCAAGUAUGAGGAACGAGUGCUGAAGAAGAUCCGGAGGAAGAUCCGGAACAAACAGUCGGCUCAGGAGAGCCGCAAGAAGAAGAAGGAAUACAUUGAUGGGCUGGAGAGCCGGUGA